AUGAGACCCAACUCGAGUCCGCCGCAACAAGCUGAGCACAUACGGCACCAGUCGCUGACGCCCGAGAGCCCGCGCCCGCAAAACGUCCCGUCGCCCGCCAACAUCCCCAUCCUCGUAGAGCACAUGGAUGCGAACUAUAGUCAUGUCUCCCACAGCAACGACUCUGCCGCGCCCGCCCACAGCUCCCACGCGAACGCGAACACGUCGACGCCGUACUUCGCCGACCCAUCUUCGACCGCCAGCUUCCAGAGUAUAGGCGCACAAGGGGCAGGGCACGAUGCGCCGGGGGCGUUCGCGCAGUCGGCUGCGUUUGGCGGCGGCAUGGGUACGCAGCCGCAUGAUACCUCUUCAAUGCAGAAUUUCACCGCACAGCUCCAGUCGCGCGCUGCGUCGGCCACUGACGCGCCGCCGCCGGCUGCUCAAGGUCUUUCUUCUGCGUACCCAUACCCCCAUGACCAUGCCUAUGCUGCUCAGCAAGCGCCCGCCCAGUCUGCCCAAGGCGCUCACUACCAGACUGACGCGCACACUGGCUCCAAUGUUGACGUACAAGCCCUCUUGGACUCUCUGACACCUGCUGCCAACAAUGCGCCUGCAGCCCAAUAUGCCUCUGCACAAAUGUCCUCCCAGUCGCCGCAGACACAGCACCAUGCCUCGUCGUUGCCCUCGGCCACCAAUCUCCCUGCUCGACCACCCACCCAAGAACAGCCCGCUACGCACCCCAACUAUAACCCCAGCGAUGACAUCAGAUCCUAUCAUCCACAGAGUCAGCAAGCUCCCAUUGCCCAGCAGAGAGGCAAUGGCUCCCUUCAGCCCUUGAACGUGCAGAGUCAGGACUUUUCCACGCCCAGUCAGGCUCAGCAGCAGCCGGGUGAUCGUAGCGAAACGCCCGACGAUGAGGAUCAGCGGUGGCCGCCCGAGGUCAACAGGAGAUACGAGGAGUUUUUGGAUCAGGAGAGGAAGUUUGUGACGGAGGGGCAAUGGGACCAGUUUCCCAUGGGUUCGCGUCUCUUCAUUGGAAACCUCCCCACCGAAAAAGUCACCAAGCGAGACAUCUUCCACCGUUUCUACCGCCACGGCAGGCUUGCGCAGAUAUCAAUCAAACAGGCAUAUGGCUUUGUCCAGUUCUUGGACUCGGAAUCAUGUCGCAGAGCUCUGGAUGCCGAGCAAGGCCAGGCAGUGCGCGGCAGGAAGAUGCACCUUGAGAUCUCCAAGCCACAGCGCAACACGAAGAAGAUCGAGCCGCCGAACCCAACACCGCGUCGACGUUCACGUUCGCCAGAUUACAAUCGGGGCGGUACAGGACCAGCACCUAGGGACAAUCGUUAUAUUCUUGUGCUCAACGAAGGUCUCCCUCGUGACUUCAUCCGCUACGUCGAGGAUACUUUCCGCUCGCAAAAUCUCCGUAGUAAUGUCCUGAUAUUGAGUGGUCGGUUCCCUGAACCAGCUGUAGUUCGAAGACAGAUCCUUGAGGGAGUUUUGGCCAUCGUGAGGCUUGAUACUACUGGCCUUACCAAGGGCAAAGUUAGCGUCCAGAUAUUCGACCGACGUGGCGGUGCAAACAACGUCCAGUUCAACGAAUAUGCCGAUCUUGACCCCACGACCGCUGGCCUCCUCGUCAACAAUGCCAAACAAAGCCAAUCUCGCCCGGUCCUGCCACCAUCAUCCUCGUACGGCUUCGCUCAGACCCUACCCCCGCACUUUCCCCAGCCAAACAACCCCUUCCCAUCCCUGCCGACCAGUCAGCCGAACAUCUCUAACCUCAUUGCAUCUCUCGACGGUGCGAGCUUGUCUCAGCUCCUCGGCGCAAUGUCCGGCAAUAAUAUGCCUCAGAAUACGCAACCCGCGCCGAACCAGGGAUUGAACGCUGAUCUUGCACGCCUGCUAGCUCAAGUGCCUAGCCCUGCGCAAACACCUGGCUUCAGUGCUCAGUCCCAGCCGCAUCUCGCACAGCUGGGCAACCAGUUCCCCGCGCUUGCUUCUCUUUUCGCCAACCAGAGCCAGGCUGUCGCUCCACCAGUGCAGACACCUACUCAGGCUGGCCCCGCGCCGGAUAUGAAUGAGAUCAUGGCCCAAUUGGCUCAGUAUCAACGCUAA